UGAAUAGUAGCUGAUAGCCCCUUCCAAUCUUGUUUAGAUCGUCCAUACACCGAGUUCAGCAAGGACUUCACUACCGCUCCUGGGUCUACUGUAGAACUCGCUGAAAGGAUUGGACAUUGGAGCAGGUUUUCCGGCGCAUGCAUCCUCAUCGAGUGUGUUUAUCAGCAAGAUCAUCGAUCAGAGUACGAGAGCGAGUGAGAUGGUCUGGAAGUAAAAGGAAAAUGUCGAACUGGUGCGUUCCCGGAGCACUGCAUGUUGCAGUGGUGUUAGCCAUUGUGUCAUCCACUCGGUAUCAUCCGGAUGGCGGGUGGAAUGGGUUUGCUAAUGCCCUGGGCGGUACCAGCUCUGAACCAGUACCCCCAACUCCGUCGGUGUACACGUUUGAGUCGUUGACACCGACGGCGAGCGGCAGAGUGAAGGACAGUGGGACCCUCUUUGUUAGCAGUAAGUCAGUUGAGUCUGGCUUCUCAUCACCUGGGGAAAUAUUCUGUGGCUAUAGCCUGAAUGAAUCAUGUCCCAGCUUGAUGGACGCUCUGUGGACAGCUCACCACAUUGACCAAUCUAACCGACCGUAUCAGCUCACGAUUUUACUUGUCCCCACUGCGCUUCAUGGCUGUAAAAUCUCAGCAGGGUCACGACAGUUCGAGCACACCUUCCGUUUGUGGUUCAAAAUGCUUACGAUCGCAUCCCGCACCAGCUCUGAUUGCCCAAGCGGGGCUAUUCUUGUACUUGUAGAUGAAUCCCACAUGUCAUCUCCUGGGCCUGUAUACUUACCGUUUAGUUCUGGCAGGUUAGACUUAGGGUUAAGUAGUUUCAAACUGGUGGAAGUUAACUUCAAAGCUAUUUCAUUUAGCACUGAGAACUUUGGCUGCAGUUCACAUUCGAACUACAUCCCGCUAAUCACAUUGGAUUUUAAUGGUCUGGUAACACUGUACAGGCUAUCAAUUUUGUUCCAAAACUGCAGUUUCCAAGUUAGUACUGGCUGUUUUCCAAUGCAAUUAUGGAUUAGGAGUGCUGAAGUUAAGGUGUUGUAUGAUAAUUGCAAGUUCUUUAGCACAGAACAACACAUAGCCUUGCUGGGCUCAGUAAUCUUGAUCGAGUCAUUCGUGGAGGACAGUUGGAGCUACAGAUUAUACCGGAAUAUUUCCUUCCAUAUGCAACACUGCGAGUUCUUUAACAUCAGAAGUCAAAUCACCAAUGGUUCAUUUAUUUCAUUCAAAUCAAAUCUUCCGAUCAGUGACAUCAGCAUCCACCUAAGGAACUGCACCUUCAGGGAUAAUGCCUUAUCGCAAAUAAUACACUGGCAGGAUGCAUGUCCAUCAAGAUUAUCCUUGAAGAUCACAUCAACUUCCUUUGAAAGGAACACGGUAGAGCGCCUAUUUCACGCAGCCAGUAAUAGUAUUGACAUGCUAGUCACAAACACAGACUUCCAGGGGAUGACCAUCUUGCAGGGGAGCAGCCCGCAUGGCCUAAUGUCCAUUGAAGCUGACAGGGGCAAUGUUCGAAUCAGCAACUGUAGCUUCAGUGGCAGUACUAGUCAAGAGGAAGAAUUAGCCUUGCCGACCUGCCCCACAUUGGCAUCAUACAUCGUUCUUACUGGAGCAGCAUCCAACAUAACGGUUUUCAUCGAGAAUAGUGUGUUUCAAGUCAUCGACAACAGGCUACCACUGUCCAGCAUGCUACUGAUUGCAGCAGACAAGGCGCCCACCCCCAUCAUCCUAUCAGGCAGCAAUGCUAUAAGAGGCCAACAUAUUAAGACGAGAGGUCCCCUUUUCCCGGUGGGUAGCGUCGUCUUGAUAAAUGGUGGCCUGGAGACAAACUUCGAUUCCAGCUUCUUACAGCGGCUGGAGGGCCAGGGAGCUCGUGUAGUGUUCCGUAAGCUGAGCAAUUACCAUUUUAUGAGAGCCGCUGAAAGAGACAAGGGCUACGAAAAGAUGAUCGUCAAUACAUCAAUGGGUCUAGCUGUCCACAAUCUCUACCAGUUCAGUGGGUCGUGUGGCAUUGACAGAAGUCACUAUGAUCCAAGCCAGAGGCAAGCAGAGUUGGUGCACAAGAACCGAUGCUACCAGCGUGUAGAUGCAGCACUGGUCUUCGUGGCCGCAGCGCCGGGUGAAGACGGAGCAGACGCAGGGUGGCGAGACGGGCCGCUUUGCCGAGGAUUCGGUUUGGCCACUGAUGCGUGGGAGAACAGCUCCGGUGACGAGGUACACAAUGUCAACUGGACCUCAGAACCAUACUCACUGUGUUCACUACCAGCCGAGACUGACCUGCUGGCGGUGGCUAAGACCGACCACAAGUUAAGAGACUUCAUUCUGAUGAGCUCGGCAUGGCUGCUCUUCUCCAGCAGCAGUGCAGAGUGCUACAAGCAGAUCAACAACACCUGGUUCUACCUGCGACCUUCGUGCACUGUGGCCGAGUUCCAUGCCUCCAUGACAUUGAAAAGGUUGCUGCUCAAGAGUCAGAGACACUCAAGUGCUGCCCGUCUAGCUGACAAAAUCAAAGCGAAUCCUAAGGAGAUCUCCAACGUUGUGAUCGCCGGUCCCCUGCUCCUCUCGCCCUGGGCACACUACAGCGGCAUCACGUGGAAUGAUGAAGCAAUGAACAACACCGACCCUACAUACGUGUCCGACCUGACCUUGUACCCAGCUCCUGGAGAACACCUGGCCAUUGACAUCGGAACGUAUGAUGACUUGCUCACUCCGACCAAGUCUCGACUUAAAGUGCAAGUAUUCUCCGAGGACAAGGACAAGGACAGUGCCACCUUAUUGAGAUAUGGAUCAAAGGGCAGUAACCUAUAUGAAAUACUUCAUGAGCUCUACUUCAUCUCCGGCACGUCCUUGCUAGGAAUUGCAAUCGGGGGAAGCGAAGGCGCGACCGGCUCACUCAGAUUCACCAUGGUCGACAAGCCGAACAAGAAGAAGUGGACCGAUGGCCCGUUUCACCUGUCUGUGCCCUUCAAACUCCGGCCAUGUCACAAAGGAUUCACAGGACCUGUCACAAAGGGUGCUGGAAUUGUGGUAUGUGAGUGCUCGUCUGAAAACCCGGCUAUAAAGAGGUGUCCAAAGGGUCGCUUCGUAAUCUACAACCGUGGCUACUGGGCAGGGAACACUACCAGCAUGAAACGUGCUCCGCAGGUCCGAGACGAACUGUUUCACAAGGUGCACCCGGGCGUUAUCCAGGCGGUGACCGAUCCCUCUACUGACAAUGCAUCAACGUUCAGCUCUUCUUGGGCAUUCAGGGCCUUUGUGGAUUACCAAUACUCGGAGGUGCAAUGCACCAAUGGACUAUGCCAGCAGCAUGGCACGUGGGUGUUUGGCAACAGCAGUGCAUGCAUCCACAACGGAGCAGGUAUCCUAUGUGGACAAUGUGCACCAGGAACUAAGCUCAAGCUUGCCACGGCGAGAUGCACGGACUGUUCACAGGCAAAGGCAGUCAUCCCCCUGGGUGUCUACAUAUCCGUGAUCAUUGUCAUGACGAUUCUCAGCGCUUGCCUCAUGUUCUAUUUCAACGUCGGCCUGUCACCAGUCCUGGAUAGCUGGUUGUUCUUUGUUCAGACAUCAUGGUAUAUCUUCCCAAAAGACAACAAAUUCGUCUACAGCAGCGUGUACACGGUCUUGACAUUCGGGCUCGGUCACCUCUGCAUGACGAAAGGACUAAAUCGACUCCAAGUCAGCACUCUUCUGCUUAUUAAACCAAUCACACUUCUUCUCAUCUUCCUGGCUAUGCGCGUAGCACGAUCGUACAACUACCUUGGAACUCGAUUAGCAAGACUUCAGAGCCACAUGAAACUAGUGCGGGUCAUGUGGUUCGUUCUUGUCUACAGCUACUUUAUGCUCACCUUCACCUCGAUCAGUGUCUUUGACUGCGUCCGCGUGGGUGAUAAUAAAACUAGGCAGGUUUUAGCCAUGGAUGGGUCCAUUGACUGCUUCCAGCACCCGCACCUGGUCUAUGCAAUCGCUGCCAGUGUGAUACUGGUGUUCGUAAUUUUACCACCUCCUGUCAUAUUACUACUCCGGCCGUUUCACGGACACCCGCACCUGAAGGGUUUCGUCGACGAAGCAUGCUCCAUGUACCGGGACAGUUGCAGAUGGUGGUCGGCGGUGAACCUGCUGCGACGAGUGGUCAUGGCGCUGCUGGGCUCGGCUUGGCUGUGGGAUGAGGUAUCACGUCUGGUGAUAACAGUGGGAGCUCUGCUGCUAUUGCUGAUUAUGCAUAUGCAUUUUAGGCCGUUGCGACAAGGCAAGUUUCUCUUCAUCACGUACAACAACUGGGAGUCGUUUCUUCUCUUCCUGGUCUUGAGCAUCUCCGUGAACCAGACCAUCAUGUACACAACCACACAACACAAGCAGACAUUGGCCACCGUUGCCAUGACGUUCUACCUGGCGCCGACGUGCAUCAUCUUACUAGGCGGCCUGUACAAGCAGUGCUUCUCCACUGCGGGCGGAAACGGACGAGUCGCUCAUCUCUCGCUGCGACACCUCUGGCAGCAGUGCAUGCACCACGGUCGUGAGAGAGCGGCAACAGAGCUCGACGAGAGUGCAUUGGCAAAUCUACUUCGCGGAGCUAGAGACCCGCUGCUGGUAGAUCAGAUCAGAGAUCAACAAGAAGGAAAGUUCUGACAAACACCUACUGUAAAAGCCAUUAUUCUAACGAGACGCAUAUAUCGAUUUCCCAAAAUUGACUAGUUUACACGUACCAAAGGUAAUGAUUGUCACUUAUUCUCAAAGCUCAAUAGGACAGUAUAUGGAUCGAUUUCUGUCUAACGAUUUCUAUUUUAACGACAGAUUUCUCCUUGUUAACUCGUUAGAGUUAGCACUUCGUUAUAUAUAUAUAUAUAUGGCUUUUACAGUACCUGCCGGUCUGCUUGCAGUGUAUGCGUCCCUAUUGUAAUGGCAGCUUGUUUUGCUAUAAGUGAGGAAUCUUUUUUUUGUUGCCUGGCAGGUCAGUUUUUUUUGUUUUUUGUAGAUUGGAGCAUGCACAGUAGUUACACAAUGUGUUUUCUGCACUCACUCACUAUCUUCCUGUACAUAAAUAUACAUGACGAAAGUUGCUGCUUCCAACGUAGGAGCUCGCGCUGCCGACUGAUGUGAUUUUACUAUUACCACGGGUGUGGCAACGUUUUAGCGUGGCAACGUUUUAGUUCGUUUUUUAAAUAUACAAGUACCUCCUAAAAUGCCACGGUGUCACCUAAAUAUGUCUCCCCAGCCUCCUGCCCACACCAUUCACGUUCACACACCUUGCUCAUAACACCCUGCCCACACCAGCCAUAUACAUGUACACUGCGCUAAUAAUAACACUGCUAGGUCUUUAACCUCCUGCCUAGUACAACAUCCACACACAUUGCUCACCACCUCCUGCCCACACCAGCCACACAUUCUGCGCUAACAUUGCACUGCUAGCCGCUCCCUUCAACAACCACACACUCUGCACACAGCCUCCUGCCUAAGACAACACCGCUAGCCCGCACAUUCUCACAGCUUUUCAUACCACCUUCUCCUGGCAUAUAUACUGGCAUGGUCGGCACCCAAUCUUUGUUGCCUGAUGAUUGCGAGAGCAUGAAACUUCAAGUCGCAGCAAACAAGCCUUGAUUGUCCUUGUUGUUCUUUUCUGUAAUAUACAUGAUUCAAACGAUUGACUACUGUAGA